AUGAUUGCAUUUAUGGACCCAAGUCGUAUCUUUCAUGAUCUGAAGUCACCGGAUGAGGCAGGGAGGGUUCAAUACAUUGUGAUAGCUUUUAACCAAGCUAGUAUUGACAGCAUCUUUUUGUUCCCAUACAAUCCUGGGGGUCAUUGGAUCCUUACAAUCAUUGAUGAAGAGAAAGACAAUGUGUAUAUCAUGGAUCCUCUUGGGGCUUGUCACCCUCAUGAAGUGUGGAAACGUAUUGUAAAUGCUGGAAUUAAACAAUUCAAUGCUGAAAAGGGGAGAGGCCUGCGUAGACCACCAACAUGGAUUAUGCUUUCAGGUGCUCCCAAACAAGCUAAUGGAAAGACGUGUGGUUAUUGUGUGAUGUGGUACAUGAAGGAAAUUUGUGAAGAUUCAACCCUUGCAUUUCGAACUAAGUAUGCUAGAAGUGGGAAAAAGAAGGCAUUUUACACCCAAAUGGAAUUGGACGAGAACUCAUAA